GCUGAGGCUGCACCCCUCCCAGUGUGGGUGCCAGCCUCCUGCAGGCGACCUGCCCUUCCCAGCUGGACUUUCACCUUCCCUCCCUGCACCUUCUGUGACUUUGGCACUUUAGGCCCAUGGGCUAUCUGGUGGGCGCUAAUUUAAUCACUGAGGGUUACUGUCCAGUUCCAAAUCGAUUGUGCUGCUUUCUAACUGCAGCAAACUUUCCUGGCAUUGCCUGGGUCUGUAGUCACUGCACUCUGAGUAGAACUUACUACACAAUACAUUGACUUUUCUAGCCAUUCUACUUCGGUGGCCAUCCACUUGGCUUUGCAAAUAGGAAAUAGGCCCCAGAGGAAAGCGGCGUUCUCUUGGUCACACAGCUGUUUUGGUGGUGGAGCCGGAACAUGUACGCCUCUUCCCAUGAUUCUAUUGAAAUCAGCCCUGCGGCACUUUAAAUGUUUUCUUAGAGCAAAAUGCUGUGUAAACUGUGGGAAAUUCCCCGUUACUCGGGAAUGACUGUUGCCAUAUUGGGACCCACAUUUCCAGACCUGGCAAGGAAUGUGAACCGGAACAUCAGCAGCCUUUCGGAAGUCUUCGUGGGCCGUGCCCUCGGCUACUUGUGUGGCUCUGUGGUUGGCGGGGCACUUUUCGACUGUAUGAAUCAUUUCUUACUUUUAGGGAUGUCAGUGUUGGCUACCACAGUUGGUCUUUAUCUCAUCCCUUUCUGCAAGACAGCAACAGUACUGAUUGCCAUGAUGUCUGUAUUCGGUGUUUCAUUUGGCUCUCUGGACACAGGUGCAAAUGUCCUCAUCUUGGCUCUUUGGGGAGACAAAGGUGCUCCACACAUGCAGGCCUUGCACUUCAGUUUUGCCUUGGGUGCCUUCCUGGCUCCUCUGCUAGCUAAACUGGCCUGGGGUACGACAACAUCCGCUCAGAACCACACAGAGACAGACUCUGUCCCUCUAGUGCUGAACGGAUCCUCUGGAGCCACCUCAGACUCUCUGUUUGCGGUGCCUGAGGACAUGACCCUGCUGUGGACCUAUGCUUUCAUCGGCACCUACGUCUUAGUAGUCUCUGUCUUCCUGUUUGGUCUGUUUUGUAAGAAAAGCUCAAGGCAGAAGAAAUCCAUGGCAUCUGUUCAGGAAGCUCGAAGAGCUAAAUAUCACUGGGCCCUGCUCUGUCUCCUCUUCCUCUUCUUCUUCUUUUACGUCGGAGCUGAGGUGACCUACGGGUCUUACAUUUUCUCCUUCGCCACCACCCAUGUUGGCAUGGAAGAAAGUGAAGCAGCCGGCUUGAACUCCGUCUUCUGGGGGACCUUUGCAGCCUGCAGGGGCCUGGCCAUCGUCUUUGCAACACUCUUACAGCCUGGAACCAUGAUCGUGUUGAGUAACAUUGGCAGUCUUGUCUCAACUUUCUUUCUGGUGCUUUUUCACAAGACCCCUCUUUGUCUCUGGAUCGCAACUUCUGUGUAUGGGGCCUCCCUGGCAACCACGUUUCCCAGUGGUGUUUCCUGGAUUGAGCAGUACACCACCUUAACUGGAAAAUCCACGGCAUUCUUUGUAAUUGGCGGUACCCUGGGAGAAAUGGCUAUUCCUGCAGUAAUUGGAAUUUUUCAAGGACACUACCCAGAACUGCCAAUAGUUCUGUACAUCUGUUUAGCUUCAGCCAUAUCCACUGCUGUUUUAUUUCCUGUGAUGUAUAAAUUAGCCACCUUACCUCUGUAAUAUGAAUAAAAAGAAAACAUCUCAGGGGUCCAGAACACUUUGCCCUCUAAGUCUGUACCAUAAAGAAAAGGAAGAAUGGAAAGAUGGAGACAAAAUGAGUGAAAUGGAUUUUGAAGUUGCUGAACAAUGCAAUGAGGCAAUCUGUAGUUGUCUAGAAACGUUGAUGGUGUCCUCACCAAUUCCUCCUAAGUGCAUUGAUUUGGACAGUUUGGUAUCUCUGUGGAAUGCCACGUUCGGUUCUUUACUUGUGACUGUGACCAAUACUUGAUGAGAAACCACGGAAGGACUUGUUUUGGGUCACAGUUUGAGGGUGCCGUCUAUCAUGUUGGGGUGGGCAUAGCUACAAGAGGACCCAUGUAUCAGGAAUGUGGAGCUAGGUACCUUUUCCUUCACAUUUGGGCAGAACAGGAACAGAGAGGGGACCAAAAAUGUGUCCAGGUAUAGAAUCUCAAGCUCUGCCUCUAGUGAUGGACUUCCUCCAGAGAAACCUCAUUUCAUCCACAGAAACUCCACUUCCUCCAGAGAAGUCCCACUUCCUCCAGAGAAGCCCCACUUCCUCCAGAGGAGCCCCACUUCCUCCAGAGAAACCUCAUUUCAUCCACAGAAACUCCACUUCUUCCAGAGAAGUCCCACUUCCUCCAGAGGAGCCCCACUUCCUCCAGAGAAGUCCCACUUCCUCCAGAGAAGCCCCACUUCCUCCAGAGGAGCCCCACUUCCUCCAGAGGAAUCCACUUCCUCCAGAGGAGUCCCACUUCCUCCAGAGGAGCCCCACUUCCUCCAGAGGAGCCCCACUUCCUCCAGAGGAGCCCCACUUUCUCCAGAGAAGCCCCACUUCCUCCAGAGGAGCCCCACUUUUUAAAGGUUCCUCAACCCUCUAAAACAGCAUCCCCAGAAAGGCACCAAGUGUUGAAACAUAUAAGCCUGUCGGGGGGAGGGGGUGACAUUUUACAUUCGAGCUGCAGAAAGCAUCUUGGCAAAAACCAGGGAAAAAAGAGUUCUUAUUAACUUCCCUAUUUCUUGGCGAAGGGGCACAAUGCGGGGUCAAACUUAGGAUGCUGCAUGGGUCAGGCAAGCAUUCUACCAUUCAGCCUGGGGUUUCCUCAAAUCUGAACAUCUAAACAGGCCAAUCAGAGAUGAUCAUCAGCAAUGUUCCAGUGGUCUCUGGAGAUUUAGAUUUCAAGGUCAAUGUAUAGGAAAUGCUAAGAUAUUUUGAAAUAUUCUGUAAUUCCGAGAGUGUUACACAAAUACCUCAUGGUCUUGUACCAUCAAUCUCUUGUUACAAGGCUUGUUUUGACCUGAGCCAUUUGUUGUAGAAUAUUAUUUUAAGAUGUGUUACAUUAGUUUAUGCUGUGGAAUAUUUGUUUAAUGAUGCAAAGAUGUGUUGCAUUCUUUUAUGUUGCAUUUGUUUAACUAUGUGAAGCUGUGUAC